UCAGUCCUCGGGUUCCCUCCCUCCCCGGGCGCGCUCGGGCCGCCGCUGCGCUCCCCGCCCUCCAGCCGCCUUGCCGGAGCCACCCGCUGCCGGAGGAGGAGGUGGAGGAGCCGCAGGGGCCCGCCGAGGCGGCGGCGGCGGCGGCAAGAUGGCGGACUUCCUGCCGUCGCGCUCCGUGCUGUCCGUGUGCUUCCCGGGCUGCGUGUUGACGAACGGCGAGGCCGAGCAGCAGCGCAAGUCCAAGGAGAUCGACAAAUGCCUGUCGCGGGAGAAGACCUACGUGAAGCGGCUGGUGAAGAUCCUGCUACUGGGUGCGGGCGAGAGCGGCAAGUCCACCUUCCUGAAGCAGAUGCGGAUCAUCCACGGCCAGGACUUCGACCAGCGCGCGCGCGAGGAGUUCCGCCCCACCAUCUACAGCAACGUGAUCAAAGGUAUGAGGGUGUUGGUAGAUGCCCGAGAGAAGCUUCAUAUUCCCUGGGGAGAUAACAAAAACCAGCUCCAUGGCGACAAGUUGAUGGCAUUCGAUACCCGUGCCCCCUUGGCUGCCCAGGGGAUGGUGGAAACUCGAGUUUUCCUGCAGUACCUUCCAGCUAUAAAAGCCCUGUGGGAAGACAGCGGCAUACAGAAUGCCUACGACCGGCGUCGGGAGUUCCAGCUGGGUGAGUCUGUGAAGUAUUUCCUGGAUAACUUGGAUAAACUUGGAGCACCAGAUUACAUUCCAUCACAGCAAGAUAUUCUGCUUGCCAGGAGACCCACCAAAGGCAUCCAUGAGUAUGACUUUGAAAUUAAAAAUGUUCCUUUCAAAAUGGUUGAUGUAGGCGGCCAGAGAUCAGAACGGAAACGUUGGUUUGAAUGCUUUGACAGUGUGACAUCAAUACUGUUCCUUGUGUCUUCAAGUGAAUUUGACCAGGUGCUUAUGGAGGAUCGCCUGACCAAUCGCCUUACAGAAUCUCUGAACAUCUUUGAAACAAUUGUCAAUAACCGGGUUUUCAGCAAUGUCUCUAUAAUUCUCUUCCUAAACAAGACAGACUUGCUUGAAGAGAAAGUACAAGUUGUGAGCAUCAAAGACUACUUCCUAGACUUUGAAGGGGACCCACACUGCUUAAGAGACGUCCAAAAGUUUCUGGUGGAAUGCUUCCGGGGCAAACGCCGGGACCAGCAGCAGAGGCCACUGUACCACCACUUCACCACCGCCAUCAACACGGAGAACAUCCGCCUCGUGUUCCGCGACGUGAAGGACACAAUCCUCCACGACAACCUCAAGCAGCUCAUGCUCCAGUGAUGACAAGACUUGCUAGUUUAAUACCUUGUUGUGGUUUUGAUUGUUUUCUGUUUGUCUUGUUUUUGUUUUUUAAAUAGCAGUUUACAACAGCGAUUAGAAAAGUCUCAGUUCUGUGUCUAACUUCUUAGAGACCUUGUCCUUCUGCAGCCUUCAGUGUGGGACUGAAAGCUGCUCAGUUAACAACACAUUGCCAAUAUCUGCUGGAAUCCAGGCUUUGAUCGCUUUCACCACGGCUUCCAUUCAAGUCCAGUUGUAACUUUCCGGUCAGCCUCACACUGGGUGUAUUUCAGGUUUGAAUUCCUCUGCUUGCAAGCUGAGUUUUCCUGCAGUGCCAAGAGUAGGCAGCAUCCUUAACUCUUUGUAGGGACGAGACUAGGAAUGCUCAGCUCUAAGAUGAGACCCGAGAAAGAGUGCCUUACACAGCAUGAAGGGGUUGGUAGAGGAAGUUGAGUCUCGGGCUCAGCAGCCUAGGUUUUCUCAGUAUCUGUAGCUUCUGAAGGUAAUGUCUUAGUGUUUAAGUUUACAGUUUGGAAUUACCUGAUGCUGGUGUGCUCACAAAUGGUACAUGGACUAUGUUGAUCUAAAAUAACCAGUGGCGUGCAGUUUGCCUUUUCCAUAUUUAAGUAGCAGUAACUUAAUAUGCUGUGUUAGGAACAUUUUUGCCAUAAACAGCACCUAGAAGGGGCAUGCACCAUAUCUGCUCCAGAGUGCCAUGUGUGACUUUCUGGUCUGUCUCGGUUGGUUCCGUGCCUUGCUGGAGGAAAACUCUGUUGGCUCUUCUUUCUUUUGCCCUCCAGUCUCAAUCUCAGCAGCUCUAACUCUGGUGUUUUGGGGGUUCUUUGUCACCAAGAGCUUGGUGGGCAGUAUUUUCCUGUGAAACAUGCAAGAAGUCAUCCUUUGAGUAUCCCGUCCAUGCUUAGUGUCCCUGUGGACACAGUUUGUAUGUGUCAGUGCUGCUGUUGUGUACGAGAUGACAACCUUAAUGAGGUACAUUUGAAUGUCUUAAGAAUGCAUCUAAGGAUAAGUAAUUAUUUUGGUCCAUACUUAGGAGGUUUGCCUUUCACGUACACACACAUGCGCACACAUAAACACAAACACUGCUAAGUUAAACCAUGCCCAUAAAGUAGCUUUGUGAUUAGAGAUACCCAUAGUGACUGGCGUACGAAAACAUUUGUCAUGUUCCAGCUGGCCUGUGGAGUUUUCCUAGCCUGAGCACACCCCUGCUUUCCCUGGAGAAUGCGUGAGGACUGUGGUGCCUAUCAUGUUACUGUGUGACUCUUGUCAGGCAAGAAAUUGGGCCCUGAAAAAUUGGUCAACUUGGUGGCUCGCAGGCAGUGGUGUUCCUUAGUCUUGAUGGCAGGUGUGAGAACUGGGCCUCUUAGUGUCCUAACGGGGGAUGUGUUCUCGAUAGACCUGACUUGUCUUGGAUUUGAACUCUUGCUGUCUUUUUAUUUAUAAAUUCCAGUGUUUUCUUGCCUCUGGUAAUACAUGAGCUUAAGACAUGUAGUCCAAUAUCACAGUGCAGGUGUUGGUAGCAUAAUUUAAGUAUAUUUGAAAUGUUCUACAUCUAGUCCUUUUUGCCAAAAAGAAUGUAUCGUUUAAGUGUAUGGGGUUAGCAUAACUCCAGUGCUGAUGGACAUUUGAACACGUGUACAGUAACACUUGGUUUGUUUUGUGUUAAUUUAGCAAACAUUGCUGUGCAUUGGCCACAACUAACUGCAGUGAAGGUAGAAGUCAGUCCCUCCAGAAAGCAGUUAUAGCCAGUUACACUUAACUCUGGUGAGAACAGAAACUGUCCUGUCAGAGCAGAUCACUGACUUUCUCCAUUGUGACUAUUGCCAAGAAAUGACAAGAGCGCCCGGCUAGACACAGCAUCCUACUGGGCAUCUGCACCUUCCUUCUGAAGCAUGCAGACGCUCAGAACCAAAUGCAGUCUAGGUACAUUCUGAAGCAGUGGAUUGCUUACUUGCAGUUUAUACUGGGUUGUUUAGAAUUCAAAGAACUGUCAGGCUCAGCCAAAAAGUUCUGGUCCAUUUUGAAAGGAAUCUUACAGCUGAAAGUCAGGUCCUUUUGUGAAUUGAAUUGUGUGAAGAGGAAGGCAAAAUUUAGCCAACAGAAUUGAGAAGGUGCUCCACCCUCCUUGCGCUGACUCUUGACUCCCCUGGUCCCUAAAGUGUGACUUGGAGUCGAAGCUCCGUGGGGCAUUGGACUCUGCAUGUCUUGGGCGAGUGGAUUGACCCAUGCCUAACUACCCCUUCCUGCAACGCACGAUCACACAAGUGUCUUGGUUGACUUUGAAUUUUUUUUUACAUUUUACAGAGUUGCCUUAUAAAUGAAAAACACCACAGAUUUAACCUUAAUUGUUUCUAAUGGGGAAAGGGCUUCUUAUCAUCUUCAAGGUGCGUUUCUGCCACUUAAAUAUUCUUAAUGUUCUGAAAUGCUGCUUUCUGCCAAAUGCUGUCUGUAUUAAAUUGAUGCCUCCAUUUCAGUUUUUCUAUCUGGAAAGGGUUUUGAUAGCCAGAGGGCAGCUGCAGCCAAACAAGCCAGGGCAUCCUGAAGAGGAGCACGUUUUCUCUCACACUGCCAUGGUGGGCACUUGACACCCAGCCGGUCCUUGUGACACUCUCCAGGGAAAUGCCUGCUCAGUUGGUGGCAGCUGUUGAUUUAAAGUGAGAGAAAGUAGGACCACAUUGGUGCCAGAAGUGACAAGUGUUGUCAGAUGCAGCACAGCCUGUGCCCUCUAAAUGAACCAACCACCUUCCAGUGUAAACCCAGAUGCUGGGCUUCUGUUCUGACGGAUGUCAGCGUUGGUGCUCACAUCCUGUUAGGCCUCGUUUAUAUGAAGAAUAAAAUCUCCAAGUUAUGUGGUUAUAUCCUGAAACUCAAGCUAUUUGGAAAUCCCUCAAAUUGGUGCUUUCAUUAUUUAAUGAUACAUUUAGGCAAAACCCAAACAAACCAUUUGAAACGUGACUCUGGAUUGCAGUUUGUAGCGAUGUUCUAUUUCCCAUUCAAGGAGACCAAGUGUCAGUGUUAAUCUGAAUUUCCUGUAUGAACUCAUGCACCCUACCUGUAAAGCCCAGUCAAACCUUUGUAACAAAUUCCCAAAUAAACCUAGAGAAAGCCGCUCUGCUACCUUUUCAUUUCUUUUAGUUUUAUUAAAAGAUGGAGAGUACAGUCUCGCAGGUCCUCUCAUUUGGAAAUAGGCCUUUGUUGUAUCUUCCUGUGGUUUCAGCACGUUGCAUUCCACGAGCCCAGCGAGCCAGUGCCGUGCUGCUCGGGAGAAAGCUCUUUCUCCUUUCUUUUCUUCCUUUAACGCUGGGAUGGCUUUUCAGUCUAGAAAGCAUGGGGCACAUGAUGCCCAUUUGCUUAUGGUACGACGUUAGGACUUAGUUUACACUAAAGAUUGAAUUCUGUGUUCAAACAUGAUGAUGGCUUUCCAGAUACCAUCAGCUGGAUGCCGCUAGCCUCACCUGGCAGGCGCUUGCCCGAUUCAUCUAAGCGGUGUGUGUCCACUAUCAUUCUUCGCCCGCCUGAAUGUAGAUGAGCAUUGACUUGACCUGUUCAUCCCUAUAUAUAGCAUUCAGGUCUAACCAUCCAGUUUUAAGUGCCAGGGAUGGCACAGAACACUGUUUUCCAUUUGUUUGUCUAUUUGUGUGUUUUUGAGACGGGGUCCCCCUGUCUACUCUUCAUCUUGAAUUUGAGAUCUCCUGACUCAGCCAAAAGCAGAGGCUACCGCUUGCCUUUUCAAGCACAUGUGCCUGUAUCUUGUGGGCUGUCAAGUGACUUUUGUGACCUUUGCUGUGUUACGGUGAUGAAACUCCAGAUGGAUCGAAGCCGACCUGAAUGCAGGAAGCAUAAACUUCCAGUCUGUGACAAUCACUGAUCUUAAGAAACCACCUUUUUGCUAUGUGAUUCUGAUUUUAUUCACAGAUCCAGCACUGCUAAAAAGAGUGGCGAUUUUGGCCCUAACCGUGCCUGUUUGAUGGUAGCAGGAGUUGACGGACGGGGAGGAAGGAGCAAUGUGUUCUGGUUGAGCGCAUACGGUAAUGAAGCAGACUGCACUGUGUAACCUCUCUUUACCUCUUUCUUACUUGAAAGCAGAAUCGCAAAAUAUUCUAGAUGGCUUUUCUCUAUUACAUGUGAGCUUGUGGGGCACAAGAAGCCUUAUCCGAAGCACUCAGUGCAACCGUCGCAGAUACUGCUCCUAACGAGACAUGGUUUAUUUUACCCUGAAUAAAAGUAUUUGUGGCUUAGAUUUUUUUUUUCUGUACAUCUUUUUAUAACUUUCCAGGAACUAGGCACAUUAUCUGAUACUGUUGUAAAUUUCUUUUGGCCAGUGCUUUGGUUCCAGAGUAGCAGUAAAUUAUUUCUACAGGAGGUCUGAGAGUGGAAGGAAUGGUUUCUUUUUAUAAAAUGAGUUGCUAUUCAUUUAGGCUUUUUACUUUUGUACAUAUUUUUGCAAAAUUUGUUUCCUUACUAUUAAUAUUUGCUUUGUAAAAAUUACUGACAUUUAAUAAACCUUUAUAAACGA